CUCAAAUUAUUGAUGGCUUAAAAAUUACUAGCGUUCAAGAUUUAAUAAAUUCAUUUAAUAAAUAAAUUAAUUUCCUAAAUAAAUUAAAAUUCUUUUCAAAUUAAUAAAUCAAGUCAUCAUUCUUCUAUUACGCAACAUUAUGCCGAAGGAAAGGAAAAAUGCUCGCCGGGCGUAUAAACCAUACGAUUGCGGAGGGGACGAAAGAAAAUUAAGAAAUUCUGCUAAUAAAAAAACAUCUAAUGUCAGAAAAAUUAAGCAGGAAACUGCAGCUGUUGUGAGGCAGGCUAGAAAUGAAGAUGUAGUGAUUGUGAGACAGACUGUAAAUGAAGCUGCAACCGUUGUGAGACAGACUAUGAAUGAAGCUGCUGCUAUUGUGAGACAGACUGCAACUAUUGUGCAACGGACCAAAAAUGAAACUCCUGCAACUGCGAGGCAGACUGUGGAUGAAGUUACAACAGUUGUGAGACCAACUGAGAGUGUCGUUGCAACUGUUGUGAGACCAACUGAAAGUAAUGCCGUAAUUACUGUGCGAGUGACUAAACAGAAUGUUGAUAGUUCUACAAAAGUAAGCGAUGAGUGUAUCUCUUCUAAAUUGGCGGAACUCAAAGAUGCGUGCUCCGAUGAUAUGUAUACUAAUAAAGAACGUUUAGCUUGUUCCAUAUGCUUGGAUACUGAACCGUAUCAGCCAUUGCUGAAAUUAGUUUGCUCGCAUAGUUUUCACACUGAUUGCGUCUAUAAAUGGUUGAUAUUUCAUAAGAAUCGAUGCCCUCUUUGUCGCAAACUAAUCAAAGUUCCGAAAAAGGUGCUGUCAGUAUAUACUCAUUAGAAAUAUGUCAAAUAUGAUUCA